CGGGUUCUGCCAGUAAAGCGAUGCAGCGACCAGGAAUGACUAGGAACAGCAGAGAUCAACCAGGUUCUAGACAUGGCACUGUAAUGGAUGAGACAUUCCAUUCUGCCCAAGAAAGAUGUAAUACUUCAUCAGGACGUAGUACUCCACGCGAUAGUCAAGCAAGGACACCGUCUGCUAUCCCAGGACCAACUGACAGCAGCCCAUUCACUCAUUUUUCCGAUCAGGAUAAUUCACCAGAUGAAUUGCUACCAUAUGUUACUGACCCACCGAGAUUUGAGGACAGCCAACAAGAACCGCGUUACGGUAAUUACCCUUAUGGCAGUUCAGCAACGUCCAGUGUGGCCUCACGCCCAGAAGGACGUGCAAUGCCAGACUAUGAGUUCCAGAAGCAAGUCUUGAAGAACCAAAAUUUACUACGCAUGGUUCAGCAGCAACUGGUCGACUUGGUCUCAAGUCUUGCUCCUGUACGACAGAGCCUCUCAGAAACCCCGCAACUCCUGUCAUCACCAUUUCAUACUGUCAGUGAUCUUGAAAAAUUCGAAAGUGAACUCACUCCUGAGCAGGAAAAACAGGCGGUGAGAGAGCUCACAUCACUAGGGGGAAGCUCUGUACGUUCCGCCGUGAGGAGGAUUCUGUCGCACACCUUCACAAAUGAGCUGGCACAGCAGUACAGCUGGGAAGGCCGUAAAGGCAAACUGAAGUUUGUGGAACUUAAGUGA